UAUAAUCGUACUGAAGUUUGGCGGUUUUUAUAGUAGACACCCUGUAUACACAACGUAAUGAAUUAUACGAAAUACUAGAUCCUUUUUUGUUUGCAUUAAAUUCUUCUUAUUUUGUACAUCAAUUAAUUACUGUCACCAUUCUACGAACCCUUCAAAAUAUCAUAAAAAACAUUAAUCCGUUUAAUUUACGACUAACCCUCGUAUACGUUUCCGCAUUCUGUUAUUAAUUCAUUUGCAGGUGUUUGGGCAUCGAACAUAUGCAUAACAAAACGAAAUUGAUAUACUAUCGAAAAAUGAAUGUAUUAGAUUGAAAAUAAAAAUGUCAAAAUAUCAUCAAUUAUCGUCAUUAUGUCGCAAUUAGCCAGCAUGAUGAAGGAAAACAGGACGAAAUUGGAGCCGGCGAAGGAGAAACCCGUUAAAAUCAUGUCCACCAAAAUCAACGUGAUGGACAAAAACAUCCAGACGGAGGGCGACUCGUCGAAGGCGGGCGGCAAGGUCGUGGUGAACGGCCAAACGGCCGGCACCAGCACCGAUGCGAACGUGUGCACGCCGCACGUGUGCCGGCAGGCCAGGCAGAACUACGCGCCCCCCGAUUUGGCCAACGACAGCCCCUGGAACAGGAAGAAAACCUACUUUUUCGUCGGUACGUUUUGCGUUUUCAUUGCGUGGAUCGUCAUCUAUUCGACAAUCAGUAGCUUCGGAUUAUUGUGAUCGUAUAUUUUACAUUAUUCGUUAUAUGUAUGUAAUGUAUUAUUAUUUUCUGUCAUUUUAUCGAUUUCAUUCGUUCAGCUUUUUAUAGAAGUAAUUUCUUACCAACUUUAGAGUACGUGCGGUGGAUAAAAGCCAUUUUGUUGUAAUCUUUUAUGCAGAAUAAAUCGAAUUGUAAUUGUU